AAAGGAGAAAUGUGAGAAGGAAGGUUGGUAAGGUAUACAGGGGGCGCAAGAGUAGGAAGCGGGUAAUGCUGAACGCCGUAGACUCAAAAGGCGAAUAUUUAGGUGAAAAAAUAUAGCUAUACACAACAAAACAACACACUCUCUUUCUCUCUCUCUAUUUUUUCUCUUAAUCUUGAAACCAUUCAUAUUCUUCUCUUCCUUGGAAUUCACAUUCAGCAUGAACAAGUCUCAGGAUCAACGGUCAAGGCCUGCAAAACCAGCCACCAUCCAUGCAUAUGCCCUCUCCGGUGACCUUGUUGGACUUCAGAGGCUACUUAGAGAUAACCCUUCUCUUCUCAAUGAGAGAAACCCUGUUAUGGCACAGACACCACUUCAUGUUUCUGCUGGUCACAAUAGGACUGAGAUAGUUAAAUUUCUUCUUGAUUGGCAAGGUCCAGAUAAGGUUGAGAUGGAGGCCAAGAAUAUGUAUGGAGAAACACCAUUACACAUGGCAGCAAAGAAUGGGUGCAGUGAAGCUGCUCGGUUACUUCUUGCUCGUGGUGCUUCCGUUGAAGCUAGAGCAAAUAAUGGUAUGACACCCUUACAUCUUGCUGUUUGGUACUCACUACGAGCUGAAGAAUUCUUAACUGUGAAAACGUUGCUUGAGUACGAUGCUGAUUGCAGUGCCAAGGACAAUGAGGGAAUGACUCCCUUAAAUCAUCUAACCCACGGCCCCGGCACUGAGAAACUUAGGCAACUGUUACACUGGCAUCUUGAAGAGCAGAGGAAGAGACGAGCCAUUGAAGCAUGCAGUGAAACCAAAGCUAAAAUGAAUGAGCUCGAGAAGGAACUGUCAAAUAUUGUGGGUCUUAAUGAUCUAAAAGUACAACUACGCAAGUGGGCAAAGGGCAUGCUUUUGGAUGAGAGACGUAGAGCUCUUGGUCUGCAUGUUGGCACAAGAAGACCACCUCAUAUGGCCUUUCUUGGCAAUCCUGGAACAGGUAAAACUAUGGUAGCACGGAUUCUUGGAAAAUUACUCCAUAUGGUGGGAAUUCUGCCAACUGAUAAAGUGACAGAAGUACAACGGACCGAUUUAGUUGGUGAAUUUGUUGGUCAUACUGGUCCAAAAACCAGGAGGAAGAUCAAGGACGCAGAGGGGGGGAUUCUUUUUGUUGAUGAAGCUUAUAGAUUGAUACCAAUGCAAAAGUCUGAUGAUAAAGAUUAUGGGUUGGAAGCCUUAGAGGAGAUUAUGUCUGUCAUGGACAGUGGAAAAAUUGUAGUAAUAUUUGCUGGUUACAGUGAGCCGAUGAAACGAGUAAUUGGUUCCAAUGAAGGUUUCUGUAGACGAGUGACCAAGUUCUUUCAUUUUAAUGACUUCAAUUCAAAAGAACUAGCACAAAUCCUUCACAUCAAGAUGAAUAACUUAUCAGAAGAUAGCUUGCUAUAUGGAUUUAAGUUGCAUUCCCAUUGCACUACAGAAGCUUUAGGGGCAUUGAUAGAGAGGGAAACAACCGAAAAGCAGCGUAAGGAGAUGAAUGGCGGUUUGGUAGAUACCAUGUUAGUUAGUGCUAGAGAAAAUUUGGACCUAAGGCUUAGUUUUGACUGUAUAGAUACUGAAGAACUUCUUACAAUCACAAUGGUAGAUUUAGAAGCAGGACUUCAGCUAUUAACACAGUAAUCAUUCUUGGCAACGUGAUAGAUAUUUUGAAGAGGUUCAUUCAGCUUACCUCAAAUUUCACCAUUGGAUACACAAGUUUACAACUGCACAAUGAGGAGCCUCUCAUGAAUAAGUUUGAUACAACAGGUGGAUCCUAUUUUGAGAAAAAAAUUUCCCUGUAUUUUUGUAAUUGAUAAUGUUAUGAAGGUUCCAUUGAUGAUGAUGCACUUUGCUCUAUUUUUUAUGUGCCUUUAAUUGUAUUCUUUGUAUGCUAUUAUUAUUCAUUAUUGUAGAGCAUU